AUGGAUGAGAUAGAACCAAACAAGUCCAACGGUGAAAAAGGUGGAAAUAGAAAUGACGAUGAUAGCUACUGCGGAAACAGCGAAAAGGUCGAUGACCGAGAACUCGUACCAGAACGAUUGUCGGAGCCGCCAAAGCCCAACGACACCGAACCGAAGUGCACUUCAGCCUUCAUAUCAGACAGACGAGCCGAGAAAAUCAAGCGGGAAUGGAAUGCGAACUAUUCAAAACUCAAGAUACACAUGAAGAAAGAUUACCCGAAUGGAGGCUUUGUAUCUUUUAUCAAGGGCGAUAAUAAUAAGUUUAAAAACUGGGUAACGAGGCAACGUUAUUUGUAUCGCUUAAAAAGGAGGGGCGAGGGUGAACAGCUGAGUAAAAUCUCCAAUGAUCAGGUUCAGCGAUUGGAAGCCAUCGGCUUUCAUUGGGAGAAGAACGACUCUGGAUCCAACAAGCGCCCACCAUCAGACAAGAGCUUGGAAUCCAGCGCAAACUGUAAAAGGAGAAAGAUCUCGGAAUCACACGAGCGCCCCAGAUCCAUGCAAAUCUCCAAAUCCAACAUUUGCCCGAAAAGAAGAACAAGAGCGCAUCAAAUUAAUUAUAAGUAUUCAAGAUGGGAUGUGCAGUUUGAAAAACUCAAGAGUUAUAUGAAGCAACACUACCCAAACGGGGGCUAUGUCGUAACAUCCAUGCCAGACAAAACGCUUAUUGCAUGGAUAUUAAACCAGCGUCGCAACUAUCGAAAUAGAGUCGCUGGAACUCAUCCUACUAUGUCUACUGAUCACUUUGAAAGGUUGCAGGCAAUCGGUUUCCACUGGGAGAAGUCAGGGAAAAAUGAGUCAGUGGAAAAAACGGACGGCGAUUCCCAACAACGUUUCAUAAUUGGCCCGCACGCGACGGAUUCUGAUGAUGAUGAUUCCGAUCCUGAUUUCGAACGCCCUAGUAGAAGAAGAGAAGGAACGAAACAAAGUGAUUUAGCAUGGGAGGCGCAAUUUGAAAAACUCAAGAGUUAUAUGAAGAAACACUACCCAAAUGGGGGAUACGUCAAAUCAUCCAUGCCGGACGACAACCUUGCUAGAUGGAUACGAGCACAGCGUUCGCUCUGUCGAAAGAAAGUGGGUGAAAUUGAUACUACCAUGUACAAUGAUCGGUUGGAAAGAUUGCAAGCCAUUGGUUUCCAAUGGGAGAAAUCAGAGGAAAGUGAUGAAUACACGAAAUCUGUAGAAGAAAUGAAUGACGAUUCACAAGAACGAUCUGCAGCUCGGCUGCACGAGAAGGAUUCUACUGAUGUUGAUUCCGAUUUGGAUUUGGAUUCCGAGCGACAUCGAAAAAGACAAAGAAGAAUCAACAAAACAAACCACAACGAUAUAGCAUGGGAUGUGCAAUUUGAAAAGCUCAAAAGUUAUAUGAAGCAACACUGCCCAAACGGCGGCUAUGUAGUAGCAUCCAUGGCGGACGCGAAGCUUGGUCAAUGGAUAGGAAAACAGCGUGUCAACUGUCGAAAGAAAGUGGCUGGAAUUGACACUACCAUGUCUGACGAUCGGUUUGAAAAAUUGCAAGCCAUCGAUUUCCGAUGGGAGAAAUCAGGGAAAAAUGAACACAUUGAGUCAGUAGAAGAAACGGAUGACAAUUCCGAACAACGUUUCAUAAUUGUCCCUCACGAGACGGAUACUGCAGACGAUGAUUCCGAAUCCGAAUAUUUUGACUGCAUUGCGGAUGAAAGUGAUGAUAGCAUUGUCGGAAACGCUGAACUUGCGAGUCUAAGUUGGGCCGAACUGCUCCUCCUUUGCAACAAUCAGAAAAAGGACCUUGGACAGCUAAAGGCGAAUGAAUCCGCCUGCCAGACCCAAAUCAAAGAACACAAUCAGGAGAUCGAAUUACUGCUUAAUCUGAAUCAAGAUUUGAUGAAGAACAAUGAUGAUAUGAUGGAAUGCAACCAAAACCUCCGAAACUCUCAUCGAAUUGCCAUGCUGGAGGAAAGGGCUAACAUUCGACACGAAUGUCAAAUGCGAAAGCUGGUAGAAGAGAAGCUCGAAAAGACGAAGCAGCAAUCUCAGGAGAUCAUUCAAAAGCUGCGUUCCGAAAAAUCCGCUUUGAAGUCCAUCAAUGCAAACUUGAAUCAAGAAAAUUCAGCAUUACUUACACGAAACCAGGAACUCGAAAAACGACUUGAGGCUCUUGAACGCCACAACCAGCAGAGCCUAGUAGUAGAAUCACCUCUUCAAGAUGCUGUGGAGAGCCGCCAUUCGAAAACGGCUGAGCGCGAAGUAACACCAUCAAAGUGA